GGGGAUUGUUGUUAUCUGACUGACUGACAGGCUCUCAGGUGUGAGGCGCUAGUAGAAUCGGUAGCUGCUGAUCUGUAUUCCUGUCCCUGCAGCAUGGCCGACCUAUUGCCCGCGCUACCGGCGCAGUUCAGAUCUCUUCAGCAUCACUUGAGGACUGCCCAGGAGCAUGACAAGAGGGACCCAGUGGUGGCAUAUUACUGUCGUUUGUAUGCCAUGCAAACAGGCAUGAAGAUCGAUAGCAAAUCUCCAGAGUGUCGCAAAUUCCUCUCUAAACUUAUGGAUCAGUUAGAAACUUUGAAGAAGCAGCUGGGAGAUUGUGACUCUAUAACUCAGGAAAUUGUUGGCAGUGCUCACUUGGAGAACUAUGCGCUGAAAAUGUUCCUUUAUGCAGAUAAUGAGGACAGAGCAGGGAGGUUCCAUAAAAAUAUGGUGAAAUCUUUCUAUACCGCUAGUCUUCUUCUUGACACACUCGCAGUAUUUGGAGAGCUUACCGAGGAGAAUGUUCAGCAUAGGAAAUAUGCUAGGUGGAAGGCAACCUACAUCCAUAACUGUCUUAAAAACGGGGAAACGCCUCAAGCGGGACCUAUAGGAAUGGAAGGAGAAGAGUAUGAUGAAGAUGAAGAAAAUGAAGAGGCAGAAGCAUCAUCUUAUAGCAAACAAGAACCAUCCUCUGCAUACCAACCUCCAAACAUGCCAACAGCAAAUUACACUGGAAUACAGAUCCCUCCUGGUGCACAUGCUCCUGCCAACACUCCUGCAGAAGUUCCACAUAGCACAGGUGUAGCAAGUAAUGCUAUCACUCCUCCGCCUCCACAAAAUAUACCCACAGUAGAUCCAUCUCUUUAUAAUGCAACACAAGGUGAUAUUUGCUUGACCCCUGAAGAUUUUGCUAGGGCUCAGAAAUUCUGCAAGUAUGCAGGUAGUGCUUUACAGUAUGAGGAUGUGAAUACUGCUGUGCAGAAUCUCCAGAAGGCCUUAAAGCUGCUCACAACAGGCAGAGAAUGAGGAAUGCAUUUAUACAGGCACCAACUGGUUCCUUAAGAUCCCUGUCCCAAUUUAUGGAAAUCCCUUUGACCCACUUAGUCUAUCAAUCCUGCAUUAGUGCUACCAUAAAUACUGUUCAGUCCCUGAAUGAAAAAAUUGGAACAGAAAAUGUUUCAAUGACUUUGAUAUGUUUACAUGUGAGAAAUACAUACUUUUUUUUCUCUAUUACUAUAUUGCACUUGAAAGUAUUGCUAAUAAAACAAAUGAAAAGGAAACAUUUGAACAUUAGAUUCUAUCUCACAAAAGUCCCUUACCAAUUUUCAAUUUUAUAUUGAAGACAGGCGUUUUUAAAUGGCCCUUUCAAUUUCAUUUGUAUAAUGGAAAAUUGAGUCAAUAAUGUAUUAUUUAUCUAUUUUUUUUCCUUAUGCAUGUCUUAAUAAGGGUGUUAUUGUGCAAGGUUGCAGUGUUGAUCUAGUCAACUUUAUUAUGCCAUUAUCUGAAGCUAUCUUCCAGCCUUCCAUGCCAUCCCCUGCCCAUAACAUGUCUGUGGGAUUAUAAUCUUACAAAAAGCCAACAGGGAACUUUUCAAAAGCAGUAAAUUAUGAGGUGGUUUGAUCAUUUGGAAACAGAUGAAAAAUGCAAUUUAAAUGAAAUAGUAUUACCAAAAAGGAGUUUGCUCAUAACCCUUAAAAAAGUAAACAUAAUACAAUGUAAUUAUUUUGUAUUAUGCUCUAUUAUUCUGUCAGCUUGUGGUCAUUUUAAAAUUUGAAAUAUAUUUGAUUUAUUUAGGGGGUUAUUUAUCAAAGACCGAAUCUAUCUCAAUAUUUUCUGCUACAAACUCCGAUCAAAUACGCUCGGGUUUUUUAGGCUUAUUUAUUAUUAUAAAUCUCCCGAAAAUUUGCUUUGCAGAAAAAAAUCAGAUUUUCACAAUUGUUUCAGAUUUUUCCAUCCGAGAUGCCGAAUUUUUUCCAUCCUCGGGGUUUAAUAAAUUCAGAAAAAUUCAGAAAAAUUUGUGAUUUUUUUAAGCAUUCGGAGUUUAGUAAAUAACCCCAUUAAUCUGAACAUUUGCCUUUCUGCUCUCUUAAACAUGCUAUGCUAGACACUGUUGGUUGCAUCUGUAACUUUUGUCUUAUUCUUUUUGCUUUAAAAUCAUUAUUAAAGAAUUUCAGUGGCACUAAAA